AUGGAGUUUUAUCUAGCCCUGGUUCUGCUACUUCAUACGGCACAGGGAGAGACACACACAGAAAGUUGUAAAGAAAUAUUACAAGGGUAUCUAACAGGACAACUGUCGUCUGCUCUAGGAGCACAUCAAGUAGAAGUUUUAAGACGGGAAUUCAAAAGUUUCACUGACGUCAUUGAGACAUCGAUGAAGAAGUUCAAAACGCAGGUGAACGCUACCAUACAGAAUGAAUUGACUCAAGUUAGAGGAAACAGAAACGUUGUAUAUACGAGAUGGGGAAAGCCAAUUUGUCCCUCCAACGCAAAAUUAGUUUAUUCGGGUUUCGCCGGGGGAUCACAUUAUAAUUCUAAAGGAGCGGCUGUAGACCCUCUUUGUUUACCGAAGGAUCCAGAGUGGGGGAACUACAUUGAUGGAAAAGAUGGGGCUAAGGCUUAUGUAUAUGGAGCAGAGUACGAAACGAGUACCUUCACUAGUCGCUAUGCAUCAUUAAAUCACCAUGAUGUGCCAUGUGCUGUUUGCCUUGUUCAAAACAGAUCCAUUGUGAAAGUAUUUCCUGCAAGAAAAAACUGUUACAAAGGCUGGAAUCUCGAGUACCAGGGUUACCUAAUGGCUGGAUAUAAUAAUCACCAGGCUGGUACAACAUACAAGUGUAUGGACAAGAAUCCUGACACCUUACCUGGCGGCCAUUCUAUAAAAUAUGGCUCCCUUUUUUAUUUUGUAGAAGGUCGCUGUGGUUCAUUGAAAUGUCCACCAUAUGUUGAGGGAAGAGAACUAGUUUGCGCUGUUUGUUCUAAAAAAUAAAGA